UGAAAAGCAAGUUCAAUUCCCUUAUUCCCGAUUCUAAUCCAGGUUGACCUCUGGCUAUUGCAAUUUUUCUGCUCAGGAGACCGUGACAUAGUGUAUUUAAGCAGUUGCCUUAUCCGCCCUGGUACAGUGUGAAAAUAUUCGUCUGUUAGGUCCCUUUAUUUUAUUGUAUAAAAUGCCCUCUCCAAUAAAAUGGCUACUGCUAUUAAUGGUUACAAUACGCGCGCAGGAUCCUCGAAAAAGGACACUGCUGUUCUGUCAAACCCAUGAUUCACAAUCGCAAUCGUUCAGAACCGUUGCUGAAAAUGUUAUUUGCGGUACAGCCAACGAUAAAUACAUUUCGAAAAGGUUUGCUCUAGAUGAUAUGGCUGGACCAUUUUGGGCGAACAGAGGCAAAAAAGACCCUAUCUUCAAAAACGAACCAUUAUUUGUGGAAGAGCCAUCUUGGAUAGUCGUCAGAGUCAGAGAGGAUCCCGAAUUUCAAGAGGAACCGUUUUUUGUAUCCAGAGGCAAAAAGGAAACUGGUGGUUUGUUAAGCUCGCAAACGAGAGAUUUUUUGCAAAGCGACGCACCAUUUUUCGCCGCGAGAGGAAAGAGAUUCAGAAAUAAGCAUUAAUUUUUAAGAUUACUUAAUUUAUUACAGG